AUGGAGAAGACGAUAGAGCCCGUUACUCUUCCUCUCGAGCUGCUUGAAGAGAUUAUACACUUCUCUAUCCGUGUACGUUCACUCAAGGGAGCCCUCAGGUUAAGACUUGUCAAUCGGCAUUUCAGAACUCUUAUCGAAGAGAACAUGUUUCGUACACGGUUUCUUGACGAAUCAGUGCAUGCCAUGCGAGAGAAAGGUAAUCCGUUCAGAUACUCGAACCCACAACGACCUGUCGGGCGAGACUCUGCGUGGUUGACGUUUCUCAAACGAUACCUUUCCCACCGCAUCUAUACCCAGCCUAAUCUGCACCCUCUAUGUCCUGAGCAUCUCAUUCACCGUGCGGCUGACUGGCUAGGUAAGACGCUUAAUGAUAAAAGUGACACGGCAAGGCGAUACUAUAUCGACACGCUGUGUCAAGUUGGGUUUUGGGAGUACUGCUGCUGUUACGAACGCCUUCUGCCGCAGUACCCACCCUGCCUAUCUGUUGACGACUCGUCCAACUACAUCGAUUCUACGCCCAAUUACUCUGCUCUUUCUGAUGGAGACGCAGCUCUAAAACGUCUACUCCUCGAAGCAGCCAUCUAUCUCGGAGAUAUCGACUUGGCGAGAAAAUUUUACCAAUUAAAGCCAUGGGAAGGCUAUCAUAGUGGACUUGAAACCUCCCACGCCCACAUCGAUACUGCUGCUGCUCAGAGUGGUAUGGAUCGAAAUCGGCUUGCGCUGGUCCACGGGGGAGUAGAAAUGUUCAAGCUAGUCAACAAAGUAGAGUUUGGAAUUGAAACAAAAGACCAGUAUGUGGGCAUCUAUGAUCCAGCCGUCUUCAUGGAGUACGUGGUUAGGGCUUCACGAGAUCACGCGAGCACGGAUCGUAUCAACUUCCUCCUCGAUCUCGGAGCUCCAUGGGAUGACGACCCAACUUCUUACUGGAUGAAGUUUGAAUAUCCACAUGCAUUGAUCCAGGCUCCCACUCCAGAGAUAUACGAGCGAUUGAUUGCGAUACUGAGUCCAGAGAAGAAAGCGUUGUCCUUUUAUCGCGUCAAGCUCUGUUGUCGAAAGGAUAGUAUGAUUCUGCAACUGGAUCGCAGUGCGGGGGUAAAUAACCUGGUUAUGGUGAAAUACCACAUCGAUCAUGGCGGGGCGCCAUAUCUCAACAAUAUACAUACAGACUGCCAGGAGCGAUCUGCACGUUCGAACACACCGAGGGGAUACUGGCAACAAUGGCGACUUCACCCCCUCGUUCGCGCCGUCGAGGUCGGGAACCUGGAUAUGGUACGCCUCAUGCUUGAUCAUGGUGCGGAUCCCAACCAUAACCCGUUUAAUACACCGCUUAUGGCUGCAGUACGUCACCGUCAUCUCGGUAUUGCAAGACUGUUGAUAGAGCACGGUGCGGAUGUUAAUCUCGGGUCGACGCCGCCGGUUGUCCUGGCUGUCCAGCGAGAGGAUGUGGAGAUGUUGCAGCUCCUGUGGGGAAAUGGGGCGGUUAUCGAUAGGCCUGAGAUCGGAGGGAGGGCGAUGGCGGUGGUGGUGGAGGAGGGGCUGGAUUCGAUGCGUGAUCUGCUUGUUGAUAGGGGAGUGGAGAGGGAUGGGAUUUGGAAUCAUGUGCAAAGUGAAGAGGAGUUUGUUUUGGAGUUGAGGUAUCGGGAGGUUUAUGACGCGUAUAGAGAUUAUUAUUAG